AUGGACCCACAUUCGAGGGCGUAUGUUCGACAUGAACCUCCCCAUGCAGCGGUUCGUCCACCCAUACUCUUGCAUUCUCUUGGGAUUGGUCGAUACUCUUUUUCCCCCCGUUCAAGCCGAAUUCGGCUAAUUCGUUAUCUGCCCUCCGCCCUGUGCCGUGUUCUGCCCAGGUGGGUCGAAUUGUCCUUGCGUUGGUUGGUCGCAUGUGGGCGCUAUAGCGGCUAUCGCGGCUUCAAGGAGAACGCACAGUACUUCUUGGGCGCGUCGUCCGCGAAGCUGGUGCAUCUCUGCCAGGUGCUUUUGCUUUGUGGUGGCAUCGUGAUGAUUUUCGUGACCGCCUGUAGCCUCUUAGGUAUGCCACCUGAACGAGUUUUAAGCCUUAUUGUGCUGGUGGUCUUCCCUCUCGCCUGCCAGAAGAGUUCCUUGCCACAGUUCUGCAGUGGAGUUGUGAAGAGGUCCAGCUUCCGCUGGGCGGUGGCUGGUGGUCUUCACUCCUUGACCAGCAUCUCCAUGAUCAGCUUUGUUUGCUUGGCCUACUUCUUCGGGGUUCUACUCGUGAGACUGGCCCACCGAGCCCCCAGACGGAACGACGGAGGUUUCGGCGGAGCCGUGGUGGUUCGGACGGACAUGCCACUGUUUUGGCAGGGCCCACCAGUGCUACUGAUGUCCUUCCUUUGCCACACCACGAUGCUGCAGUUGGAUGCAGAACUUUGCACAGAGGCCAAAGCAAAGGUCUCUUCGGUGAUCCGCCUCGUGGUGCUGGGCCUGGCUCUGCCGGUCUACGCCACCGUGGGCGCCGGAGGCUUCUGGUUGAAGGGGCCCAAGGUCUCAGCGAACGUGCUGCAGGACUUCACCCAAGACCCCUGGAUGGCAGCAGCCCGCCUCACCUUGGGUGUCAUGAACGUGGCCAAGCUGGCCACCGCGGUGAUCACGCUGCGGGAGUCCUUGGUUUCCUUGGCGCCUUCACGUUUGUGGCGCAAGCGCCUUCGGAGCUGGCACGGCCGAGCCGCCUUGAGCCUGGCGACGCUGGUGCUGGGCGCGGUGGCGGCCUUUGCCACUUCGGAGUUCACGGACGGGGCCGUGGGACACGGCGUGACCGCGAUCCCUUCGCUCACCACGGUGCUUUCGCUCUUGGGCUCCACCGUGGGAGUUCUUUUCAGCCGCUUGGUGGGCUGGAUGUUGGGAUGGGUGGCGAUUUGGAGGGACGACUUGGAAGAACCUUUGCUACCUUCGACGCCGGGACGAGCGGAAAGCUGGGCAGAGGGCUCCAUCCAAGUUCCUCGCAGUGACAUGGAAUGGCUGCGACAAUGGCUCCUCGGACGGAAGUUGGAGCAGCCAAACUUCGGGACUCCACGAGUGGACGAAGUGGACGUCGUUGGAGUUUCGGGGGAAAACAGUGUCGGACCGGGUCCCGGACAGCUGACAGCUGUUAUGAUAGGGAUGGAGACGAAGUCCCGGCUUCUGUGUGGCGUGGUUUUCACCGGUGGCCUCUUCGUAGGAGGUGCGGUGCCGUCACGCGAUGACGACGGUCGAGACUGGGCCACUGCAGCUUCCUCGUAUCAGACCUCGUAUCCUGGGGAUGAACCCUCGCGGAGUGAGAUCCCAGUUCUGGACUGCAACUCCUCGGUGUGGGUGACCAAGGAUCAACGAGAAGCAGGUCUCAAGUACCUGGUAGAGAAACAUGCCAGGCAAGGUGCGGCCAUCACCGCCCGGACUCUCUCCGGUCUCAUGGCCAACGGAGAGGAGGAGGCCAAACGAGAAGAGGCCGAGAAGUCUCAGAAACGGCAACGGGAGGGCGAAGUGGAUGAGCUUAAGGCCGAGAUGGCCAAGCUCGAGGAAACGGCGCAAGCAGCAGCGCCUAGCCGCUGGCUGGCACGACAGGCGGAGGCAGCAAAGGAUGCCAAAGCCAAGAAGCCCAUGAUCGUGGUCAAGAAGCCAAAGCUGCACGAAACCACGGAAGAGGAUCCGCCGAGCUCCGCGAGCGCACCGUUGGAGUCGUCGGUGACAGAGGCGGCGCCAGAGGCCGGCCUUUUGGGUGGCUACGAGAGCGAGGCGCACGCGCCAGAGCGUGAGGGGCGGGGGGUGCGCGGUGGUCGGAGAACGGUGGCAUGCAGCAGAGGCGACGAGAGGUCUGAUCCGGAGGGCCAAGGUGCCUUGGAGGAUCAAGUGGUCAAGUCUGGCGACUGGAGGUCUUCUGUGAUCGGCCGAUCGGGCGGCGCGGACCGGGCGGGCGGUGGAUGCCCAGGCGGAGCACGAACUGGAGAGGACUGGAUCCCAAGUCCUCAAGCAGAUGAAGGCACCGGGACCGACGUUCAGCAGGUGCAGCACAGGCUGACACAGCUGCAAGAGCAGGUCAAGGAGCUCUUGGCCUCAGUGGAAAGCCAGCAGCGCCUCCCAAGCCUGGUGGAACAGCAGAAGAUCGCCCGGAAUCUGGGUGAAGAUCUCAUGGAAGAGAUGUUGAAGUUGGACUCCUUGGGCAACCUUUGCGAGGACGACCGCCAGGUGCGGAAGAAGGCCCUGGCUGACCUAGAGUCCUUGGUGGAGCAGGUCGAUGCUGCCAAGGCGCUCCUGCUCCAACAGCGCCUGCAGCUCGAGGCGGCAGAGAAGGAGACUGUCGCAAGCACUUUGGAGACGGCCUUGGACCGUUUGGCUGAGAUCAGGCUUCCGUUGGACUUGGAGACUCAGACUUUGGAGGACGCCUAUGUGGUCACCGGCUUCGCGCGGGGCUUGAGACAUGAGGAUCUCCAUUUGGAGCUCGGCCGAUCGGGGCUGCUGAUCCGAGCCUUGCGGAUGCCCACCCCAGAGGAGUCCUCCUUUCUGCAACGAACUCUGCGGAGCCCACCCACCUUAGCGGACUACCUCGCGGUGGGUCGAGGCGUUUUCGGUCGGGUGGAGGAGUCGCUCCAAAUACCCAUGGACGUGGAUCGCUCCAGGAUCCAGGCCACCUGCAAAGAGGGCCACCUCCGUAUCCUCUUGCCGCGCCGUCUUAGUCGCUAG